AUGGAGGCGACAGAGUACGGCUACGAGGUGGAGACCAUCCUACCCAAUCCGGGCCAGGACCCGUCUCUGAAGUCGGGGGACACGAUCGUGGCUAUCGAAGGAGAACGAUUGCUUGGUCUUGCAGAGGAAGACAUCGACCACGUGUUCGGAGUUCACUUUCGUCACGGUGCGGCACUACUGCUGCUCAGUUCGGAGGAACUGCGGAAUGCUGCUCAGAGCAAGGGGCAGAUGGAGGAUGAAGGCGUUGCCGAGUCAGACAAGAGGAAGAGCGACAUGGAACACGAGGCCACGGUGCGGAUUCCUGUCGGCCGAGCCACGGCCUGGCAACUGGACGAAGCCACGGCAGCCAACGUAUCCAACGACUUGGCUAUCGUGAGUGAGAAGUUUGGGCUCGCUGCCCGGGCUCACUUCGGUGACCAUGGCAUGGAAAGCGUUAUAUUGACGGGUUUCCCCAGUGCCAUCGCCCAAGCGCGACCGGAGGUCGUUGGCAUCCUUUCUUUCUACCGCGACGGCCAGCUCCACAAAGCCAGCGAGGCGCCAGUGGAGGCAGCAGCCGGGCCGGCACCGAUCACGCCGAUGGACACCGCAUCCCUGGAGUUGCCCGAUCAUGUGCGGGACGUUCGUCAGUUUCAGUACCACGACCACACGGCCGACAUUAUCGUCCAUGCCUGGGGCACCUCUUUGCAGGAGGCGUUUGCCCAGGUUUGUGUGGGCAUGUUCAACUACAUGACUCCCCUGGAGAAAGUUGGCAUUGCCAAGACCGUUGAGGUGGAAGCCACAGGGCACGACCUCCUGGACCUACUCUAUCAUCUUCUGGAUGAGUUCCUCUACGUCUUUGCCACGGAGAUGCACGUCAGCAGGUGCAUCGAAAUCUUGUCUUUCGAUGAGCACAAGUUCAGCAUCCGAGCGAGGGGCUAUGGAGAGAAGAUGGACUUGCGGAAGCAUGAGCAAGGUACCGAAAUCAAGGCCAUUACUAUGCACAUGAUGAAGAUUCUGGCGCCCGACUUUAUGCUCACAGAGGAAGGUCGUGGCUCGCGCGACGCGGAUGGCCAGAUGUCGGACUUUCCAUUCGAGGCGUAUGUGCUGCUGGAUAUCUGA